AUGAGGCCAAGGCAGAAGAGGAACGCCCACAGCCUGCUGGACGAGGAGAAUGAGCCAAGGCAAGAGAAGAGGACGCCCACACUGCUGGACGAGGAGAAUGAGCCAAGGCAGAAGAGGAACGCCCACAGCCUGCUGGACGAGGAGAAUGAGGCCAAGGCAGAAGAGAACGCCCACAGCCUCCUGCUGGACGAGGAGAAUGAGGCCAGCAGAAGAGGAACGCCCACAGCCUGCUGGACGAGGAGAAUUGAGGCCAAGGCAGAAAGGAACGCCCACAGCCUGCUGGACGAGGAGAAUGAGGCCAAAGGCAGAAGAGGAACGCCCACAGCCUGCCUGGACGAGGAGAAUGAGGCCAAGGCAAAGAGGAACGCCCACAGCCUGCUGGACGAGCCAAGCAGAAGAGGAACGCCCAGAGCCUGCUGGACGAGGAGAAUGAGGCCAAGGAGAAAGAGGAACGCCCACAGCACUGCUGACGAGGAGAAUGAGGCCAAGGCAGAAGAGGAACGCCCACAGCCUGCUGGACGAGCAGAAUGA